AUGGCAUUGAACAUCGUCGAGAGCAAAGAAAGGUACAUGGCUUCGUACGCAGCGGAAGGCGUACCGACAACCAAGCAGCACCUAAAGCUCCACCAUUAUCCCUCGAUUCCGGCCCCGACCACCAUGUUGCCCUCCAAACUCUCUUCAUCUCCGGUGAACCUUAUCUUCAUACCAGAAUUAAUGACCGGCGUCGAUGAUGGUUUAUAUCUUCACCAGUUCCCCCUUAACCAGGUGAUAAGUGCUUUUGGAAUAGGAAGAGUGUUGAGAUCCAAGGAUGAAAAGUACAGGGAGGGUGAUAUUGUGUUGAGUCCUUUCUUACCUGUAGUUGAAUACUGCGUUGUGCCUUGCAGUGCCCUCGUAAGAAAGAUUGACCCCGCGGCUGGAAUUCCCUUGCCGGAGUAUCUCAAUUGUCUCGGUAACUAUUCGUAA